AUGUCUAUGCAAGCCCGUUGCACCAGGGCUGGGGAUGAUAAGGAUACCUGCUGCUGUUUCUCCUCCCCUACAUACAAACCCAAAUCCAUACAGAAUUUUCCUAAGUCAGUUGAGAAAUGGGUGGUGGAUAAUAAUGUUAAGCGUCCAUGCGCAGCGGCAGCCAAGAAAUGCGACGUCGACCAGGUCACUAAAACUCCCGAUGCUAGAAGCCAAGAGUUGCUGCGCACAGCCAACUUCCUUUCGAAUUUUACUUCUUUGGAGAGGUCCAUCAAUUCCGUGUGCAGGAUAGCGCGGACACUCGGUUGGCCAGAUCAAGGCAGCGCUGCAGCAUAA